AUGUCUAAUCGCUCACUGGGACGCAACGUCUACAUCUACGAUGCAAGCGAUCCCACAGGCCCGGUUCUCGGGGGCCUCGUUCUUAACAGCGGCGUGACUAACGCCAACUUCUACUCGAUGGUGGAUAUCAUCCUUAGUAGUAUCUAUCAUCUACAAGAUGCAGGUGGCAGCCAGGUUGACAGGGAUGAUCAUCCGCUGCAGCCCGGUAAUUACUACGUUGUCACUGAUGGUUCGAUCUCGAUCAACAAUGAGAUUUGCCUUACCCGUACCAUUUCUCUUGGUACUGGUACUCGAGUUGCAUCCUUUAGGAAUGCCGUCCGCGACCGGGAUCGUCGGUGCAUUAUCACGGGGAAAGAGGCUGUCAAUGCCGAUCUUGGCAGCUGGAGGGGCUUCGAGGCUGCCCACAUCUUUCCGCUGGCCUACGAACACAACUGGAUCAUGGACGAGUAUGACCGCUGGAUUACCAUUGAGUCGACUGACGGAGGAUCCAUAAACUCGGUCCAGAAUGGGAUGUUGCUAAGAGCGGACAUUCACGGCAUGUUUGAUGGCUAUGAGGUGUCGAUCAAUCCUGAUGAUGGCUACAAGAUCGUGUGUUUCCUCAGGGAUGGAGAUGGUAUUGCCGGCAGGCAUCUCGAUCAACGGUUCCGUGACGAUCCUCGUAGGCCUGUCGACCAACUGUUGCGCUGGCAUUUCAGACAGGCUGUCUUGGCUAAUAUGAGGCUCGUAGCGGUCCUAAGGCUGGGGAGAGGAUGGAGUACGAGCUGUUUAGUCGUCUGGCGGGAGUCACGUGAGCUGGAGGACAAGCCUUUGUAA